UCCUUCGAUCACAAUUCUCGAGCAAUUGGGUUCUCCAAAAAUCCCUUUUUCGAUUGUUGUGUUGUUCUUCUUCGUCUUCUUCGUUGAUUUCGAGUCGAAAGAACGUAGCUUUAGUGGAAGUUUCUAUGGUUGGGAUUUGGGAGGCAAUGAUUUAGAUAGCUCUAUGAUUCUCGAAUAUGGAUCUGGAAACUGAAAAUCGAAUAGCUUCGAUUCUUUUAAGAGAAGCAGCAGAAUUGAGGAGACAAGCUGAGAAAGAAGGCGUCAGAGCAUAUCUUGAGAAGCCUAAUGUAAGACAUCGACCUAACUCUAGAUUUCUCACGGCUACUGUGCUUGGUGUUCAGCAAGCAAACAAAGCUGUGGAAACCAAUGAGAUGUGGAGUCUUCGGAGUAAAGAGAUUGAGUUUGAUGAAAGGCUCAAAAGAAAAUCAAGAGAAGAGAGCAGCAGUUGCCCAAGUGAGCAGAACAAUAGGAGGGAUUUUCUUAAGAGAUGUACUUCAGUUGAUGAGAAUGUUACUACUACUAGUUUAUCACCCUCAUCAAGCCGGAGCAGAAACAAAAGAUGGCAAUCAGAAGAUGAUGAUCAAGGCUUAGGAGAUGUCGAGGUUAAGACUUUUCUCCAAUCAAGGGUCAAGCGUGGCAGAGGCUCUGUUGGUGCUAGGAUGGAUGAACCAUUACCCUGUCUUCCUGUGAAGGAACUGUCAAGAAAUUCUGAUACAGGAGAUCGGAAGCUAGUGCUCCAGCCAGAUCGAUCACCUUUAUUGAGACGUGGGACAGAUUCUUCUUCUUCCGAUGAGGAGGUUCACAAAUGUGCUCAUAGAAAGAGAAAGGAGCACAAGAAGAAACUUAGUAGUAAGAAACACAAGUCAAAAGAGAAGAAAAGGGAUAGGAAGAAGAGAAAAUAUUGUAGGGACUAGAUCUUCUUUUCCGGACAAAAAAAAUUGCCUUUACACCGGCAGUGAUGUUGUAUCCAUAAGAUGAUCAUAUUUCAUUAAUUCUAGUAUUCUUAAAAUGCUAAUAAUAAUGCAUAGUAAAAA